AUGCCAUAUGCAUGUGCCCAACCUCGGUCUGUAGACUAUGGGAUGAAACUUUCAUCUCUGAUGUCUGCACCCAAGAUAAAUGAUGUUCCUACCAUGGAUGCACUCACCGAAAGGGAACUCGAUGGUUUGAUUUUACAGGAACCUGAUGGGCACCUCAGCCAUCCCUACAAUCCCUCUUGCAAAUUCACUUACUGUUCCUUUAAUACCAAAACUCCACUUUACCUUCGUAAUUUCAGGAAAAAACAAAAUUUCACCAACAAGGGCGAAACUGAGUCAGUGUCACUGUACGAUACUGUGAAUCACUGUUGGAACUGGGCGCUUCCCACACGCGAGCGGCGUGCUAGCAAGUCACCUGACAAAAGUGGGCAGGAUCUCAGAGAGGAUGAGGAGGAGGAUGAAGAGGACGAAGAACAGGACUCGGAAGAAGAAGGGAAUGAUGGUGAGGUAGCAGUUGGCAUAGACUCCGACGACUCACUGGCAGACCUGCCUGAUGUUGACACAGCACCGCCGCCGCCGGGACCAAUAUCAGCAUCAUCGAUCAGUGAUGAGACGAGCUACGCAGGGUUCUUCAAUACUGUCGCCAUUGCCCUCGCUGCAGCAAAUGACAAGCUCACCCAAUUCAAUCCCAGUGGAGUGAUACGGACAUGGAGCGGUGCGAACUCCACACGCCCAGUCAAGGACGACGAAAUCAAGCGCAAACCCGAUUUAGCCUUACUAGAUGACGUGGAGGCUAGGUGGGAUACGAUUAAGGCGGUGUGCGAGUUGACAUCCCAAAAGUACCAUCCUACCUCUACUAUUGCUAAGACUAUCGAUAGCAAGGCAUACCUUCUUUUAAGGCGCCAGCCCUGGAGACACUUCGUUUUGCUCCUCUCAAGCGCACCUGUCAUCCUCGAGAGUGGCGCUUUGGCAGAUGAUCCCAUAUCCGAGCCAGAGGGUCCUGAGCCAUCAGUUUUGUCCGAACAUUCCCUGCCUGAAGAUCCUGAAGAUCCUGAAAACCCUCUCCUGGAAGAACUCCUCCCUGAAGACCUCCUCCUCCAGGAAGGUCUUCCUUCGCCCCUUCCUGCAGAUCCCCUCCUCGUGCCUCUUCCAGAGCCGAUUGGAAAAAUUUGA